AUGCGCUUCUCAACCACAUGUCCUCUGUGCUAUACCCCCGCCCCGCCCCGGGCCGGGACGGCAGUGCGCAUGCGUCUGGCCGGGUCGGCAGUACGCAUGCGCGGGCCCGAGGCGGAUGUGGGUUUGUCCUCUCAGAAAGCUAGCCAGACUGAAGAUGAUACUGCGGACCAUGACUACACGGCACAGCCACCCGCAGGUGCACUCUAUGAAGCGCUGGAUUAUAUCAAGGAAUUGGAGGACAGACUUCAAAAAGUGGAUUUGUCUGCCACACUUUUUAGCCUCUACUGUGCCUCUGAUGAACAGAUCCGGUUCUACACCAAAUUUCCAUCUGAAUGUGUGUUCCGGAUCUUCUGGGAGUCCAUUGCACCCUCUGCAUCACGCCUGGUGUACUGGACCAGAGGACAGAAACUUGGAGAGGAAGCAUGUGCUGAAGCCAGCCCUGCCCGCUGCAUGCCUCUGAUUGAUGAGUUCCUGAUGUUCUCAUUCAGGGCAGCAGUGGGCAUCAAGGAGCAGCUCAUUGCUGACAUGUUUCAAGUCAGCAUAGCUACUGUCAGCCGAGUGACCAUCACCUGGGCCAACUACCUGUUCAUUGUGUUCUCUUCCAUCAACCUGUGGAUUAGACGUGAGAAGGUAAAAGCCAGUAUGCCUCAGAAAUUUUUGAAGUUCUCUCCAAAUGUCCGUGUCAUCUUGAACUGCACAGAAGUUGCUCUGGAAAUGCCAUCAUCCCUCACCUUGCAGUCUGAAACGUUCUCUGCCUACAAGAACCACACCACUCUGAAAGGGCUGAUUGGAGUUGCUCCCUGUGGGUUGGUGACAUUUAUUUCAGCGUUGUACACAGGCUGCAUCUCCGACAAAGAAAUAACGAAGGUCAGUGGAAUCCUUCCUCUGCUUGAGCUGGGAGAUGAAGUCAUGGCAGAUAAAGGCUUCCUCAUUCAAGACCUCCUUCAUGAAGUUGGAGCCAAACUCAUCAUUCCACCAUUUAGGCAUCCCGGUCAGUUCAGCAAGGAAGGAGCAAUGGUCUGGAGACCCAGACCAUUGCUCGGCUGCGGAUCAUUGCAGAGCGAGCAAUCGCUAGAGUAA